AUGAUCUUAGUUAUUAUUGGAGCAAUACUUGGUCAAGCUAUUGGGCAGGAAUAUAGGAAGCCGUGCUUGUACGGGGUGUUUGGAUUCGAUACAUCAAUAACAUAUAACAAUUCACUGGAUGAAGAAAUAGUCUUUCUGCUUGACAAAGAUCAGUCUGGAUGUGAAAUUAACCUGAGUUGCGGGCGGGUAUAUACGAAUUUGAGCAGUAUAUACACUUCAAUAUACAGUCCAAGAUUUAGGCUCCACAGAAAGGAUUUGUUCAUCCGUUUAGAAAUUAAAUGUUAUGGACCUGCAGUGGGAAACGAAAUUCACUUCAACUCCUCAGUGGAACAAAGCAUAAACCAAAGUAAAAUUCAAGUAGCUGUACAAAUAGUGUUACGAGGUUGUUCACUGUUUGUAAAUGAGUUACAAGUCUUCAAGAAUCAUGGAAGAAUAUGGUCUAUACUUCAUACAGACUCAAUAAUACAUCCAGACACCGACUGCUCUAGUCUUGCGGAAUUACAAAGUCUUAACUCCCAUCUUCCAUGUGAUAGAAACAUCUGGGCAGCAAGAUUCUUUUGGGAAUUCUGUAGCAAACCGUUGAAAGGAGUUUUCGAUCUGCGGCUAGAAGGUUGUUACCAUGAACUCUACGAAAUAAAACACGAUUUACUACAGCACAUAUUUCCAAACCUUCAAACAUUAGACUUGGUACUAGUUAACUGGACAAAAUCUAUUGAUACCUUUCCAUGGACAAAUGUAUAUAUUGAUACACCAGAGGCAGAAUUAAUAACAUACUUAUCUUCCAGUUUUGCAAGUGUUCUAAAGAAUGCUUCGUCAGUCCAAAAAAAAAUAGCCAUAAGUAGUAGCGAUGUUAACAUUAGCAAUGUGAAAUUCAUUGGAGAUAUAUAUUCAAUAGGGUUAGUAAAUAUCAGUUUGAAAAGUCUGAGUAACGAUACAUUUAGAAAUGUUCGCGGUUUAAUACGGUUAGACCUAUCUUACAAUGAGCUGGAGACAAUCAAUCAAAACGCGUUCCAAAUGUUAACAAACCUGAAGUAUUUACAGUUGGGAAACAAUAAACUGACAGUCUUACACCCCGAGAUGUUUAACUGGCUACAUAAUUUGCUAAUCCUUGAUUUGUCUCACAACAAAAUCAAAAUCUUGAACCAGGGUCAGUUUAAACACCUAACGAAAUUAGAAAUUUUAAGUCUUGAAAAUAAUUCAAUCACUGAAUUGCCAGACAAUUUCUUAAUAAAUCAAGUUCAUUCCAUAAAGACACUGAGGUUAUCUUUGAAUCCGCUUGAAAAGAUUCCAGUUGAUCCUCUGUAUGCUGAUGGAGUUACUAUGAUAUCUAUGAGUGAUUGCAAAAUCAAUUCAAGUGGUUUUCAAACACUUAUAGACAGUUUAAGUCACAACGACAUUAAUACAGCUUACACAGGCAGUGCAUUAAAGAAGAGAUUAGAGUUCAUUGCGCCUUUCUUACCAAGGGCAGUUCUCGACCUAUCAUACAAUCAAAUAAGAACUAUUGAAAAUGUAGUGAUGAGUGAACAAAUGUCAUUCAAGUUUCAAGAUUUACUCCAUUCCUUUCAAGUAAUUCUUCAAGGAAAUCCAAUAGAUUGCACAUGUAUGCCAAAUUUGCCGAAUUUGAUUUCAUACAUAAAUUCUAAAAGAGUUACGAAUACAACCUUGAUAUUUGCUAUCAUCUGGGAAUGUAUGUACCCUUUAGAAUUGAAAGGGAGAAAUGUUUGGGGUAUAUCACCAGACGAGACUUACUGUCCAAUUUCAAUUGAAAACUGUCCAGAACUUUGCUCUUGUUUUCAGCGUGGAAUCAGACAAACUGCAAAUGAACACAAAGAAAAUAGCAGCACAGUCAUUGUCGACUGCAGAAAUCUAAACAUUACAUAUUUGCCUGAAACUAUGCCAACUGGGAAACUAGAACUUUGGUUUCAAAAUACCAGUCUAACACAGUUAACUGCUAGGGACUACUUCAGAAAUAUAACAGUAUUCGAUGCCUCACACAACAGAAUAAACCUUAUUAAACCAACUGUGGCAAUUGCAAUGGCAAAUUUCACAUCUUUAAAAUUAGAUCAUAAUAAUUUAACUAGUCUUCCUGUCCAAAUUAUGUCAACAAAUAUUAGAACACUAACGCUUGCAUAUAACCCUUUCAUCUGUGACUGUCACAUUCGCUGGAUGAAAACAUGGCUCAACGACAGAACGAACCCAGUUACAGACUGGAAUGCAACUGAAUGUAGGUAUAACAGAAGCAUAGCGAGCCAAUUGAUAAAUGUGUCGGAUUCAUACUUUGUUUGCCAUGUCGAGUCUAAAAUAAGUAUUUCUGAACAUAUCAUUUUCCCAUCAGUUGUUACAGGUUGUACUUUAUUUGUUUUAGUUUCAAUAUCUUUGUUAAUGUAUUUCCAACGAUUCACAAUCAAAGUGUUACUGUUUAUGCACUUUGGGAUUCAUUUAUUUGAUAAACAAAAAAACGACGAUGCAAAUAUGGAAUAUGAUGCUUUUGUACUUUAUUCACAAAGUGACUCUGAAUUCGUGAGUAAGAAUAUAAUAGAAACUCUGAUAAAGAAAGGUAAUACUGUAUGUGACCUAUAUGAAGACCUUGUGAUUGGUUAUACACUUCUCGAUAAUAUUGAGCAUAUGGUGAACAGAUCAAGAAAAAUUAUAUUCUCAAUGACAGAAGAUACACUAACUAAUAACUUGCUGAUGUCUGCAUGGAAUAUAGCUUCUGAAAAAGCAAUUGACAAUUUCACAGACUCUAUCAUUUUAAUACUUGAUAAUGAAAUUAAGCGUAUAUGUGAGGACGAUAAACUUAGAAAAUAUAUAAGGAGUGGUAAGUUUAUCAAAAAGAAAUCAAACCUUCUACAAUCAAGUAUUUUGUAUCUUAUGCCAAAGCACAUGCACAUUGUAAAUGUCAGAAAUUUGAAUAGGGUGGGCACUGAUGACCCUGCCAUACCAAUGAUAAUGGAAAGGAAUAAUUUUGGCUACGAGGUAAAUAGCAGUUUAGUGUACAUUUCGCACCCCGAAGAACACGAUGAAGAAAUAAGGAACACCCUAAUUCCUGAGCUACAAAUCAAUGAUUAUGAUGUUAGAAUCUUUGAGAACGCGUUUAUUCCUGGUACAGAUAUUCGCGAUGAAAUCAACGAAAUGCUUGAAGAUUCCGAACAUUUCAUAUUUAUUCUUUCACAGGAAACACUUCUGGACGAUGUUAAAAUGUUCAUUCUCUCCGUUGUUAUAUCGAAAUCUGUCUUGAGUAAUGACAACUAUCUACUUUUAUUCACAUCUGGCCUUAUAGAUCAUUCGUGCUUGCCUAAAGAGAUAGAAAAUUAUUUAAACAAAUAUGUUACAGGAAGCAUCGCAUGUCCAGAGUUCAAAGGACGUUUGUUAAAAUCUCUGGGUUACAGAUUUUAAUCUGGUACUCUCUAGGAUCAUCAAGACGUUUACUGUAAUACAUGUAUAAUGUAUAUCACUUUGAAAACAAAUACGAACGUCAAUAAGAGAUCGAAAUUUCAAAGAAAAAUAGAGUCUACUUUUAUUUAAAUACUUUUAAACCAUCGAUCCGCUUCAGAGUUUUUAGAUAAAUUUUGCCUCUUUAUUCAGAUUCAGAUAUAUAUAUAUAUAUAUAUAUAUAUAUACACUUAUGAUGGUCUAGUAGGCUCUUUUUGCUUACAUACUAACUACAACAUCAAUAAUUUUUGUAACAAAGCCAUUUAUACAAAUAAUGGCUGAAAUUUACAGUGGCAAAUACCUAAUCAAACUUUAUUAACGUUCAAUGUGACAUCUUGUACAAACUGAAAAGACUUUUUACUUUCUCUUCUUUCUCUUCUUUAGGCCUUCAAUUUAGUGUUACCAUCGGAAAUGAUUAUAAGGACUUUAUAUGCCUACUUGUAUAUAGACAGGAUUUUCUCUAGCGAUGCAUUUUAUCUAUGCUGUCCCGGGGACUGCGAAAAAGAUUUGUAAGAUCGCAUCCUCAAUGUUAGGUGUGGCAAUGACGCAGGUAGAGGCGCGAUCAAUGCUAAACCUAUUGAGAUAUUCCCUGAUAAUUCACCCAAACCAAAAUUUAAAAAGAACAAUACGUUCCUUUCCAUUUAUUAACUUUAGACAUUAAAACAAAUCCGUAUCACUUUAACAGAAAAUCUAUAUGUUAUCUUUUGGCUACUUUUCCAAAAACAACUUUUUUUUUUAAAAAAAAAAUGGUUCAAAAGUGAGGAUGAGUGGGUGAGGAUGCCCUGCCCCCACAUGCUCCUACGCCCAUGGAUCGUUUAUGUUGCAAAUAUCGAGAUGACAAAUAGGUUUGGGUAUUUUCUGACAUUAUGUAUAUAGUUUGUUUAUGUAUUGGUGUUAUACUAAGUGACAUCUGUCAAAUAGAGAUUUGAAAGCAGCUGUCAGUCACCAUCACAUAAUCUUAAAAUUUGAUUUUUACACAAUUUAAAUGUUUGUAACAUUUUAUUAAAAACCACUGUUAGAGAUAUUACAGAUGUUUGAUAUCGUUUACAGCUUCGUUUUGCAACAUUAUGAAUGUAUCAAUUUUACAUGUUUAUUCAUUUUACGCUAUCAAAGACAACAUUGAGGUUUGCCUUUCACACUUUUCUAGGAUGCUAAUUUUAACUUGUUGUUAUUAACAUUUAGAUCUAUAUUGUUACAUUGUUUUAUAUAGAUGAUGGCUUUAUGGAUUGUUCGUUUAAUGCUACCAAAGGUAACGUUGAUUUGUAUUUUCACACCAUUCUAGAUGGACUAUUUUUAGACAUUAUAUGAGCCGUGUCAUGAGAAAACCAACAUUGUGGCUUUGCGACCAGCAUGGAUCCAGACCAGCCUGUGCAUCCGCGCAGUCUGGUCAGGGUACAUGCUGUUCGCUUUUAAAGCCUAUUACAAUUAGAGAAACUGUUAGCGACCAUCAUGGAUCCUGACCAGACUGCGCGGAUGCGCAGGCUGGUCUGCAUCCAAGAUGGUCGCAAAUCCACUAUGUUGGUUUUCACAUGGCACGGCUCAUAUCAUAAAUCAUGGUUAGUGUUUAUUUAGAUUUGUAUUCUUACUCAAUUAUGUAAAAAUGUUUAUUUAGUUCACAUCUUCAUUUUUGCACUAUUAAAAAUGAAUAUACGUUAAAAGAUGGUUCAUUUUACUCUACCCAAUAUAACGUUGAACACUUUUUACCAUUAUUAUACAUGCCUUUGCAGAUUUGUUAUUAUGAACCAUGGUUAAUAUUUAUUUAGAUUUAAAUUGUUAGUUUGUUACGUUGCUAUAUAUUGAUGAUUUUGUCGUUUACAGCUCUCAAUUUGUAUCCAUAAAUGUAAGAAAAACUGAAUGGGUUUUCUUCUUACACCAUCAAAGAUGUCUUAUAGCGUUGAGAUUUUAGGCCUACAUUGCGAAACAUAUUUUUUCAUUCCUUAUGUGUUUAUGUAUAAUACAUAAUCUUAUAGCUGUAUUUGCUUAUUACAUUUUGAUUCAUAUCAAUGAGCCCAUUCUUAAAGAAAUAUAUCUACUUGUCCGUUAUUCAUUUGAUUUCUAAUUAAGUAGAGAUAAGAUGACUAGAUUCUGCUAAAGAUAAAAAUGCCUUCAAUGAACAUAACAAUUGUGUAUUGGUUUAAAUGUCAAAUGUUAUAACUUGUAGAGCGUCUUUUACAUACUUUAGAUAAACAGUAUUCUGUUAUAAAAGUUAUUUAUUUUUUUUUUUGUUGUUGUUUUUGUCAAUCUGAUCACAUGCCUGUUAGAUAACUAUUCAUUUGGAGAGUAUCCGUAAUGUUCUUUUGUAUAUCCUGUAUAAGAGGACACUUUUGAAAUUAGACAACCAAUCAGACGUUUUUGUAUAUAUUCAUAAAGUAUUUUGUGAUAUUUUUUACUGGAUUAUGCAGAUCAUUAUGUACAAGGAAGAGAUCGUUACAACCAAUCAGCUUAUGUAUAUAUUUAAAUUUUGCUAUUGCGAUUUUGUUAAUUAUAUUAGUUAGGCAGAUCUUAAUCGUAUCACUCUCUGUUAAGAAAAUACCGUGAUUAAUAUUGGCAAAUGAUUUGGUCCAUAAAAUAUUAUUCAUUGACAUGGCAGGAUUUCAGUCCGAUUGUUUGAUAGAUACAUAUGUAUUAACAGCAAAUAAAUACAUUUUAUUUCAUACACAAUGCUAUUUAUUCUAAAGUAUUUUUUUGGCUUAAAGUUACACGAUUUUGACUACAGCAUAACGUUAUAUAUGCACUUAUUUGGUAGUUUGUCCAGUUUUCAUGAUGAAUAAAACACCCAAGUGCCCCUCCGGACAUUAUUUUGAACUUGUACUGACACUGAAGAAAAUACCAUGGGUUUUUUAUUUGCAGACAUAUAGAUGCAGAAUGAUAUUUUAGGUCAAUAAACACUUUAGGCCAAUAUCAUUAUAAAAUUCUAUUUUAAGAUAUUCAAAAUUACCGUGAUUCUGACAAUAUCAGUUACUAGUAAAAUUGAUUGUAUAUUUGAUGCUUGAUCAAUUUAUCGUGUAACUUAGUUCUUAAGGCGUUGGACCCCUAAUAGUAAUGUUUAAAAAAUGGUAUUUGAUUGGUAUAUUCUUAAAGUUGACCCUGUUUCGCUCUAUGUUGCAAUUACCGUGCUGGUUUUUUUCUCAUAAAUUUAGUGUAAUUUAUGGUAUUACCUCAAGCUCAAGUAAAGACAAAUUUCAACUAUAUUGCAGAGAAUUCAUUAUACCAUUAUUUUUGAUAAAAGAAACAUCACACUAUUAAAAAACAAUCAUAAAAGACAAAAUAAAACUGUCAGUAUCUUUUUUUUCUAGGUUGCCUAAAGUAAACGGAUUUAAUCAGACAGAAUUCUAACUUCAACUUUGAAUAAUCAAAGAUAUCCUUAACAAAUAUCCCGUAAUAAUCAUAAACACGUACUUGGCUAAUGAUUUGGUAUAAACUGAACUGAAAACCUCAUCUCAUAGGUAUAAAAGGGAUAUAUUAGAAAGAAAACUUACCUAGUUCUUAUCUUAACAUUUCUGUUUUUUUUUUUUUGUGAAUUUUAAAAUGGCUACCACUGUCAAGUUCUCCAGAUAUGGUUCUUUUGUCCAUUUUCAGUUCAGAAAUUCAAUGAUUUAAUAAAUCAAUUAAUUUGAUAUAAUUUAUUGUUUGCCAUUGUAAGCAGCAAAAUUAAAAAGUACAGUCGGAUAAGCACAUGGAGGAUGUUUCUCUUGUUUGAGGAAUUAGAUUUGUUAUAAACAAAUGUUAUAUAUUAGAUAUGUUAUUUAAUAAGACGAAAAGUAUAUCAUAGUAUAUAUUUUAAUUAGAAGUAAUUUGAUGUAAUUUUCCCCUGUCUUAUAUUGUCAGAAACAGGAGGAAAAGUUUUUUUGAGGAAUCGUUGAAUAACAGUUCGUAUGGAAAUACAUGUAUAAUAGUUUAUGUUUAUACCCAUUAAAUGUAUAAAACUUUAAA